UCCUCAAAGAGCUUCUGCAAGGUUUGCCACGAGCAACGGAGAGGUUGACCCUGAGAACUUGCUCUGAGCCUUGCCAAGAUGCGUGCAGUAUGGAUCACUACUCUUUUUCUUCUAAAUGCAGCCAGAGGAAGGGAAGUUUGCUACAAAAGGCUUGGAUGCUUUUCAGACAGCCCCCCAUGGGCUGGGAUCCCAGGGAGACAACUGGCAGGCUUGCCCAGCUCUCCAGAUGCUGUGAACACAAAUUUCCUUCUUUACACCAGAGAUAACAUGGUGAAAUACCAAAGGAUUUCAGCUACAAAUCCUUCAACUAUAAAAGCUUCGAAUUUCCGGGCGCACAGGAAAACUCGUUUCAUUAUACACGGCCACCUUGCUGGAGCAGAUCUCCCCUGGAUAACAAGCAUAUGCAGGUUCAUGUUUCACUCUGAAGACGUGAACUGCAUUUUGACAGACUGGAGGGGCGGCUCCAGUGGUCUGUACACAGACGCCGUCAACAACGUCCGCAUUGUGGGGGCCGAGCUGGAGUACCUGGUGAACUUCCUCGAGAAAGACUAUGGCUACUCUCCUGCCAACAUCCAUUUCAUCGGCCACAGCCUUGGAGCACACGUUGCAGGGGAGGCAGGGAGGAGGAAGCCUGGCAUUGGAAGAAUAACAGGUUUGGAUCCAGCUGGGCCCCUUUUCCAGUACACUCCCACAACGGUUAGGCUGGAUCCUUCAGAUGCAAAAUUUGUUGAUAUAAUUCAUACUCAUGCUGGUCAUCUUUUCUUUGACUUUGCUCCAGGGAUUCUUCAGACUUGUGGCCACCUGGAUUUUUACCCAAAUGGUGGGAAGAAGAUGCCAGGAUGCAACCAGCUUCGUGUACCUCCUGCAACUCGGGAUAUCAAUGACCUGAUGAGAGCAUACAGAUCUUUUGGAUGUGGACAUAAAAGAAGUCUCAGGUAUUAUGCUGAGAGCAUCAUCACUCCAAAUGGAUUUGUUGGGUAUCAGUGUGACACAUACCGAGAGUUUGUGUUGGGAGACUGCUUUCCAUGUCCUGAAGAAGGAUGCCCACUGAUGGGUCAUUAUGCUGAUAGGUUUUUACAUAAAACUGAAAAAGAACACCAAAAAGUUUAUUUAAACACAGGGCCCUCCCCUCCAUAUGCUCGCUGGCGAAAAGAGAUACAUGUCAAAGUAUGUGCAACAGAAACCAUGAAGGGAAAUAUAGAUGUAGCCUUGACUGGAACUAAUGGGUUCAGAAAAAAAUAUACCAUCAACAAGGGAACUUUCAAACCAGGCAACACAUACUUGAACUACAUUGAUACAGAAAUUCCUGGGAACAUUUCAAAAGUUGAGUUUCUCUGGAAAAAGCAACUAGGUCAUGCAGACAGAGGCUGCAUGGGAGCUGAAGAAGUCAGAAUAAUAUCUGGGGAAAAUGGGAAUAUGUCUGUGUUCUGUGGGUGUGGAACUGUGCAGCCCAGCAUGUGGCAAGCCCUGGCUCUAUGCUGAGGGCCAGGAAUGCCUGGAGCCCUGCAGCAACCCUCACCAGCUGGAAGAGGACACUGCAGUCAGCAGCAAAGCAUUAACAAGGCUCUC